ACCUUGCGUCCUUGACCUCCCCGCUGGUGGCAGGGCCCAGGCCUGGCGGUAAUUCGGACACACGCGCCGUAACAAGGAGUAAAAAGUUACAUUGGGGGGCUAUAUCAUGGGCUCAUGGCGCCAUAGACAGCCAGCAACUCGCAUCUUCUCGCCUCCUCUCCUCUGGCACCUGCGCGCCCUCUUUCUAUUUGGUUAUUAUUUGCUCUUCUCUACUCUGCUCAGUAGGAGUACUGGCACCCCGAUCUCAAACAACGGCAGCACAAGCAGUUCGACCAAGAGAUCGAGCCAAUCAAGCUUCUUGUUCUCGAGCCUCGAGACUCGGCGUCUUCCUCCUCCCGGUCGAGCAGCAGACUCCUCUGCUCUACUCUCACGGACUCACCGCCAGCGGUUUCGUAGGAGGAAGUGGUCGGCGGCGGGCGAGGCGAUGGCCGACCUCAACGACGCCGCGCAGUUCGCGCUGUGCGUGGCGCUGGGCAUCUCCUACAUCCUGAAGCCGCUGCUCGACUUCGUCGACGGGGCCACCAAGCCGCUCAGCCCCGUCCUCGAGUUCGCCGUCGCCGUGCUCAUCGCCACCCUCCCGCUCGCGUACCUCAUGGGCAUCCUCCUCCUCCAGCUCCAGGUGGCCCCGGGGGCGCCGGCGGCCCCGGGGCCGGCAAGGAGGCUCGCUUGCUUCGCUUGCACCGUGGUGUCGGCUGUUCUUGCUGUGCUCGCCGUGGCACUCAUCGCCUUCUGGUUCCUCACCGGCGGCUCGCCGCCGUGACCGUGAGGAGGUGCUCCGUCCAGAUGGAUUUGUCGUUCUUGUUGCUGUGUUGUCCUAACCAUUUCCCCGUUCUGCUCUGCUGACCCUGGUUCUUGACCACGCCGGACUGCCGGAGUCUUCGAUGUGCCGCUGCAAGUGGACCCGGCGCACGGUCCUUCCCGGGCUCCCGUCGGCGAGACCGAGACCGGCACAACAUGCAGUCAAAAGGGACGACGGAGGUGGCGUGCCAAGAUUAGAAUUGAAGACCGUGGUGUCCUGCAGUCCUGCCUGCCUGCCCAGAUCGAGAAAUUAACGAAUAACUAAUUGUAGCUUUGCUGAAGUUGUGAGGUAGUUGUACUCCUAGUAGAUCACUUGAUGCUCGAUCGGCGCUGCUCACCUCAGUCACUGGUAUAUCAAUCGCCAUGUACAGUACAAAAUUUCACCAUUCCAUUCAUCAUCAAAUCGGCCUGGGUUUCUAGGCUGCAGCUGUUCAUAUAUUGGAAACCAUGACUGGACAUGUAUUUGAGACCAAUUUUCUGAAUUCAUAAGCAAAUACAAUACUGGUUCUCAAUUGAGUUACUACGGGACAUGCAUGAUC